GCGGAAGCUGCUGCGGCGGCGGCGGCCGCUGUCAGAGCUGGAGAGCGGCCGGCGGAGUCGUCAUGGAGGGUCAGCGCUGGCUGCCGCUGGAGGCCAACCCCGAGGUCACCAACCAGUUUCUCAAACAGUUAGGCCUGCACCCUAACUGGCAGUUUGUUGAUGUGUACGGGAUGGAGCCUGAACUUCUCAGCAUGGUACCAAGACCAGUGUGUGCAGUGUUACUCCUCUUCCCUAUCACAGAGAAGUAUGAAGUGUUCAGAACAGAAGAGGAAGAAAAAAUAAAAUCUCAAGGACAAGAUGUUACAUCAUCAGUGUAUUUCAUGAAGCAAACCAUCAGCAACGCCUGCGGGACUAUAGGGUUAAUCCAUGCCAUUGCAAACAACAAGGACAAGAUGCACUUCGAAUCUGGAUCAACCUUGAAAAAAUUCCUGGAGGAGUCUGUGUCAAUGAGCCCUGAAGAAAGAGCCAAGUACCUGGAGAACUAUGACGCUAUUCGAGUUACGCAUGAGACCAGUGCACAUGAAGGUCAGACUGAGUCCUCCUCGCCAUCCUCAUCACAGCCUCAUUCUAGCCACUGCAGAGCGAAGGCCUCAUCAUUGUGUCACCAUGCAUCCCUGCCCUGGGUCAAACGUAACCAUGUAGGCCCUGCAAAGGCUACCAGUCCAUCUCUCCGUCUUCGUCGCUGGCGACCCUUCUUACGCCUACCAUCUUUGGGUCUCCAUUCUGUUGCACCAAGUAUAGAUGAGAAAGUAGAUCUUCAUUUUAUUGCGUUAGUUCAUGUAGAUGGGCAUCUCUAUGAAUUAGAUGGACGGAAACCAUUUCCAAUCAACCACGGGAAAACUAGUGAUGAGACGUUGUUAGAGGAUGCCAUAGAAGUGUGCAAGAAGUUCAUGGAGCGUGACCCCGAUGAGUUAAGGUUUAAUGCAAUUGCUCUCUCGGCAGCAUAGCUUCUCGACAGAAAUGCCAAAUGUGUGUUAUCUGCAACAAAACUUACAUUUCUGCUGCCAUAACUAACUCAAAAUUUUUGAUAUUUUCAUUAACUUGACUGAUUAAACUUUAUGUGAAUAAACUUUGACAUUACCUGU